AUGGGACACCCUACACACGAGUGUCAAGCUUCAGCUGAAGUAGUAAAUGCUAUGGGGAGCUUUGAAAGAGGCAACUACCAAAGUGGCAACAAUUUUAACUCCAAGGGGCAGAGGCACCUAGGUUUGUCUUGGAGAUCACCAGGUGGUAGUGCAAACGCAUGGCAGCAAAAUAACUCCAUACCCCAGGAUGAGAGUCUUGAUACCCAUGGCGCAACUAUUAGAGAACUGGGCAUGGCCUUGAAAAACUUGGAAAGACAGGUGGGGCAACUAGAUAAUCUAUUGUCUGAGAGGGUUCCAGGAACUCUCCCUGUAGAUAUUGAAAGAAAUCCAAAAGAGACAAUAAAUGCAGUGUCUUUGAGGAGUGGGUACGUAUUGCAGGAUCCCAGGGCAAAACAAAAGGAUGAGCUGAUUGAAAGACAUGUGGAGAUUGUGGAGGAGCAGAAAAAUAACAACAUUCAAGAAGGUGCAGGGAUGUUGGAUGAUGCUCUACCUUUCCAGCAGAAGCAGAGAAGGGAUAAGCUGAACAAACAAUUCAGGCGCUUUCUAGAAGUGCUCAAGCAGGUGCAUGUGAAUAUACCUUUCACCGAGGUGCUAUCACAGAUGCCGGUUUAUGUUAAAUUUUUGAAGGAGAUAUUGUCCAAAGAGCGGGAAGUGGAAAAGACAUCGGUUGUCAAGCUCACAAAGAAAUUAGAGGGAGAGAUUGGAGAAACCAUAUCGAUACCCAUGUCCUUGCAGCUAGCGGAUCAGACCACAAUCAUACUUGAAGUAAUAGUGGAAGAUGUGCUAGUUCGGGUGGACAAAUUUGUGUUCCCUGUGGACUUCAUUGUGGUGAACAUGGAGGAGAAUAGGGAGGUCCCUAUCAUUUUAGGAAAACCCUUCUUGGAUACUGGCAUAGCAAUUUUAGACAUUCAGGAAAAGGAAGCUCAUGCUCAGAGUGGGGGAGGAAAGGGUGAUCUUCAAGAUGGAACGAUUAAGGGGGGCCCCAAUGGAGAAACUUGGAGAGAGUAA